AUGUUUGGAGGGGGAGGGUUUUCUGAUAAGCUUUAUGAUGCGUAUGAGGCCAGUUCUCGUGACGACCUUUCAUUCUUCGCCUAUUUCUACACCUUCGUCCUACUCCUACUGUGGAUUCAUCCCAGAGCUUGGCCAGAAACGCAGAGUUAUGCAGAAUUAAUAUGUGUGCUAUCCGGUACGGGAGCGAUUUGGUGCGGACGAAUUUUUCAUCUUGGAGGUGACAUGCCGUCGAUCAGCUUGGCAGAAGAUCCAAUGCCACCUGUCUAUUUGUAUCUAAGAUUCUUCAGGUGUUGUGAUAAUUCUGAGCUGUCGCGUGGUUUUGAAGUUCAUCGCCAAACUGCUGAUAUCAAAGGCCUGUCUGUACACCUCUCGUUCCUCCGACCAUUAAAGCACUAUUCGUACUCAGAAUGUGGCCGUGAGGCGCUAUUUGACGCUGGUGCCAUCGACGGUGGUGGUUCGUUCGAUUCCCAGCGAAACUCCCAGUUGCAAACGACCAACAACAACCAAAUGGCGUCCAGCAAGCGACCGCCGGAGGACGACUCGAAGUUGCCCACUUAUCGAUUAGUUGUCAUAGGAGAUGGAGGAGUUGGGAAAAGUUCGCUCACAAUUCAGUUCUUUCAAAAACAAUUUUUGGAUUAUUAUGACCCAACAAUUGAAGAUCAGUAUAUUCAACAUUGUGAAGUGGAUGGCCACUGGGUAAUCAUGGAUGUGCUGGAUACAGCUGGACAAGAAGAGUUUUCCGCGAUGCGAGAGCAGUACAUGAGGAAUGGGCGUGGUUUCCUUCUUGUCUACUCGGUAACUGAAAGGAAAAGUUUUGAUGAAGCGGCGAAAUUAUACAGACAGGUGCUGCGCGUGAAGGACUGCACUGAAUACCCUGUAUUGCUGGUAGCCAACAAGAUUGAUUUGACGAAUCAACGAGUAGUGAGCGAAGCUGAAGGUCGUAAUCUCGCUGCCAGUCUUAAAUUGCCCUACAUUGAGACGUCUGCCAAGGACCCACCUGUGAAUGUUGAUGCCGCUUUUCACGAGUUGGUUCGAAUAUGUAAGAGCUUCCCGACACACGAAGAUGAAGAAGAGAGUAGCAACGCAGUUUCUCCGAAUCGAACGAAAGCGAAGAAGAAAAAGCAGAAGCAGAAAUGCGUGCUGAUGUAA